UGAACCCGGGAGUCUCAGUCUGUCUCACCUGAGACCAGACAGACCAGGCACUUUUGAGCGAGAAGGGCAGGCACUGUGCCCCUGGGAUCACCCAACAUGCUCCAGGGGCUUCUUCUGAUGGCCACUCUCCUCCUUUCACCAGUUCCAGUAAAUGCUAUAAAAGAACUCUCUGGAGUAAAGAAUUAUGAAGUGGUUUAUCCCAGAAGACUUCAUUCACUACAUAAAAGAGAGGUCAAGGAGACAGCACAAGAGGAAAAAUUUGAAACCGAAUUGAAGUAUGAAAUGACAGUCAAUGGGAAAAUUGCAGUGCUUUACCUGAAAAAAAGCAAGGGUCUCCUUGCACCAGGUUACACAGAAACACAUUAUAAUUCCACUGGAGGGGAGGUCACCACGAGCCCACAGAUCAUGGAUGACUGUUAUUACCAAGGAUAUGUCAUUAAUGAAAAAGUUUCUGAUGCUAGCAUUAGCACGUGUAGGGGUCUAAGGGGCUACUUCAGUCAGGGAGAUCAAAAGUACUUCAUUGAGCCUUUAAGCCCCACAAAUCAGGAUGCACAGGAACAUGCGCUCUUCAAGUAUGACCCCGAGGAAAAGAAGGCUAACAGCACCUGCGGGAUGGAUGACAUAUUAUGGGCACAUGGAUCUCGGCAGAAUGAGGUUCCACCUGCCACCAGUCUGGUGAAAUCAGAGGACCGGAAGGGUCGGGAACAUAAGAAAUACAUAGAGUAUUAUUUGGUCCUGGAUAAUGGUGAGUUUAAAAAGUACAAUCAAGAUCCAGAGGAAAUAAGAAAGAGGGUGUUUGAAAUGGCCAAUUAUGUCAACAUGCUUUAUAAAAAGCUGAAUACUCAUGUGGCCCUAGUUGGUAUAGAAAUCUGGAAUGACGAAGAUAAAAUAAAGAUAACCCCAAAUGCAAGCUUCACCUUGGAAAAUUUUUCUAAAUGGAGGGGAAGUAUCCUUCCAAGAAGAAAGCAUCAUGAUAUCGCUCAGUUAAUCACAGCAACAAAACUUUCUGGCACAACUGUGGGCCUUGCCUUCAUGUCUACAAUGUGCUCUCCUUAUCAUUCUGUGGGCAUUGUUCAGGACCACAGUGACAAUGUGCUUAGAGUAGCAGGAACAAUGGCCCAUGAAAUGGGCCAUAACUUUGGAAUGUUUCAUGACUCCUAUGUUUGCAAGUGCCCUUCUACAAUAUGUGUGAUGGACAGAGCACUAAGCUUCUAUAUUCCUACAGACUUCAGUUCCUGUAGCCGCGUCAGCUAUGAUAAGUUCUUUGAAGAUAAAUUAUCAAAUUGCCUCUUCAAUGUUCCAUUGCCUACAGAUAUCGUAUCUACCCCAAUCUGUGGGAACCAGUUGGUAGAAAUGGGAGAGGACUGUGAUUGUGGGACUCCCGAGGAAUGUACCAACAUUUGCUGUGAUGCUAAAACUUGUAAAAUCAAAGCAAGUUUUCAGUGUGCAUUAGGAGAAUGCUGUGAAAAGUGCCAGUUUAAAAAGCCUGGUGCAGUGUGCAGACCAGCAAAAGAUGAGUGUGACCUGCCGGAAAUGUGUGACGGUAAAUCUGGUAUUUGCCCUGAUGAUAGAUUCCGAGUCAAUGGCUUCCCUUGUCAGAAUGGGAAGGGCUACUGUUUGAUGGGGGUGUGCCCCACGCUUCAGGAGCAGUGUGCCGACCUGUGGGGACCAGGGACCAACGUUGCAGAUAAAUCGUGUUACAGCAAGAAUGAAGGUGGGUCAAGGUAUGGGUACUGUCGCAAAGUGGACGACACACACAUUCCCUGCAAAGCAGCUGAUGCCAUGUGUGGGAAGUUGUUCUGUCAAGGUGGGUCAGAUAAUGUGCUCUGGAGAGGACAUAUAAUAACAUUCCUGACAUGUAAAACAUUUGAUCCAGAAGACAGCAGUCAAGAAAUAGGCAUGGUAGCUAAUGGAACUAAGUGUGGAAACAGGAAAGUCUGCAUUAAUGCAGAAUGCGUGGAUAUCGAAAGAGCCUACAAAUCAACUAAUUGCUCCUCCAAGUGCAAAGGACAUGCUGUGUGUGACCACGAACUCCAGUGUCAGUGCAAAGAAGGAUGGGCCCCCCCUGACUGUGAUGACUCCACAGUGGUCUUCCACUUCUCCAUUGUGGUCGGAGUGCUGUUCCCCGUGGCUGUCAUAUUUGUGGUGGUUACUAUAGUAAUCUGGCACCAAAGCACCAGACGAAAGCAGAAGAAAGUCCAGAGGCCACCAUCUACCACUGGCACCAAGCCACGCAAACAGAAGAGGAACCCACAGAUGGUGAAGGCUGUAAAACCCCAAGAGAUGACUCAGAUGAAGCUCGAUACACCUGAUCUGCCACUAGAGGGCAAUGAGCCUCCAGCUUCUUUUCUAAUUACAAAGCCAGAUUUUCCACCGCCACCGAUACCUACAACUGUGACAUCUUCCUCUUUCCUUCAUGCCACAAAAGUGCUUCCCUCUACUGUUUUUAAGGAUAAAACAAUGUCAACACCUAAGGGUUCCAAUCCAAAAGUCUGAAGCAGCAACUAAGCAGGAUUGGUGGGUAAUGAUUAGCUUGGAAGACUGGAAAAUCUGGAUGGAAGAGAAGUGUACUUACUUCUUACUAAAUAUUCUUACCUAUUAUUUGCUCUUGAUACCCAAGGGUGUUAACAUUUCUUGACUCGUGUUAUACUUUGAGAUUAAACAAAAAUUUUCAAGAGAGACA